UCUCUGUCGUAUUCCUGAAUGUUUUUUGAGUUUUUAUAAAAACAAAAGAAAUGAGUGAAAGUGAAGCACUGAAACCUGAAUCGUUAUUCCACUAAAUCCUCAGCGACAAUGCGCUCACUUCACCUAAUCGCCUUCUUCUUCAUCAUCAUCAUCAGUGUUUUUGUUAAAGCUUCGAAAAGCGAUGACGGGUUUUGUUCAGCGCCUUCGAUCACUGAAUCAGACGAGGAGAAGCCGAAACCAAUUUACUGGAAAGUCACGAAUCCAACACUCUCUCCUUCUCACCUCCAAGACUUGCCGGGUUAUACAAGAAGUGUAUACAAACGAGAUCAUGCGUUGAUAACACCUGAAAGUCAUGUUUACAGCCCUUUACCUGACUGGACAAACACAUUAGGGGCGUAUUUGAUCACACCUGCAAUGGGUUCCCAUUUUGUCAUGUACUUUGCGAAAAUGAAAGAAAUGUCAAGUUCAGGUUUACCUCCAAAAGACAUGGAGCGUCUUGUAUUCGUUGUCGAGGGUGCUGUGACACUGACUAACACUUCCAGUUCCUCAACAAAACUGACGGUUGAUACAUAUGCAUACCUACCUCCAAACUUUUAUCAUUCCCUGGACUGUGCCGAGUCUGCAACACUUAUUGUCUUUGAGCGGAGGUAUGAACGUCUAGGAAGUCACACAACAGAGCUUAUCGUUGGCUCCACAGACAAGCAACCAUUACUUGAGACUCCCGGUGAAGUUUUUGAGCUGCGGAAACUUCUUCCGGUCUCCCUUGCUUAUGACUUCAACAUCCAUAUUAUGGAUUUUCAGCCUGGAGAGUUUCUCAAUGUUAAGGAAGUUCAUUAUAACCAACAUGGUUUGUUGCUUCUGGAAGGCCAAGGCAUUUAUCGCUUGGGUGAUAACUGGUAUCCAGUUCAGGCUGGUGAUGUCAUAUGGAUGGCUCCUUUUGUUCCUCAGUGGUAUGCUGCGCUUGGAAAGACUAGGUCUCGGUAUUUGUUGUACAAAGAUGUGAAUCGGAAUCCCUUGUAAUCAAAAAGAUCCAAAUGACUUGAUGUGAAGAGUUCUUUGUUCUAGAAGCCAGAAUCUUGUUCUUUUAGCUUUCAGACAUAAAAAAAAAGCCUCAUGUGCCAUUUCCAUGUAUCAGCAGCUACUUUUGUUUGUACGAAGAAAACUAAUUUGAAAUGUCAGUUGCCUCUA